AGAAAAUCAAUAGCAGACGGCGGGGGAAUUAAGAAAACAAAGGUAGCAAAUCCACAUCGGUGGGAAGAAAUAGAUGUAAACAUGGCGUCUUCUGCCGUCAGAGUUUCAUCUUAGGGGAUCUAAAAUGACGGCACGUCAUGUUUGGGUAUUAAAUAUCUGGCGUAGCUAAGCAUUUUCCAAAUAUUCGGCCAGAGGAAUCCACCACGAAGUCUCCUAAUGGACACUCUCCACGCAAAUACUAUUUAUUUAAAUUUCUUGAGCGAGGAAUCGAAGCUAAAGCCAGAAUUACGUCUUGAUUCUCGACAAGUUAUUGUGCAGAAAAUUGAGGCAAGCCAUGAUUCUUAACGUUUUCUCAAUCGUCUUAUUACUAGUUUCUACGCCAUUUAUAGUUCAUAAAUGUCGAAGGAUGUACAGAUAUACCAUUAUUUCUGAUUCCCCGGUGUCUAGAGGAUUGCUUUGGGGGUAAAAAUAGCCAAAAAAACCCUAAUAUUGUUUUAAGUUUGUAGUUAUCUUUUUUCUUUCAGUUACAUUUCUGUCGAUAACACGCCAAAGGGUGUCAAAAAAUACCCUUUUUUUCUGAUAAAGAUUGUCCAGGGAGCUGUAUAGGCUAUUCAUAGGUUGCAGAAAUCCAUUAGUUCGAGUUUCUGUUAUUUUGUUUUUGGGUUCUUUUCUCUUUUAAUUAUAAUUGGUUCUAUGGAUAGUAACCGGGAUGUGUUGAAUUCACUUCUUUGUGACGAGCUUCUUGGAGAAAUACUAGGCAGGUUACAAGAAAUUUGCUGUUGUAAUAAAGUCAGUUUAGUAUGUAGACGUUGGCUUGCUGUUCAGAGAAGUGUCAAGACCAGUUUGGGUUUGUUCAUUCCUGAAGACACUUCAAUAUUGAGCUUUCGGUCACGGGUUAGAGACCUGCUGAGGCAGUACUCUCAAGUUUUGAAUCUGUCUGUGGUGUCCGCGUCUGGUCAAUUGCAGAGGGAUACGGUUUUUUUGGAUGACCUUCUGAAUUCUAUAGGCGAGGGGUGUAAGCUUUUGAAUACGUUGAGGUUUGAAGCUGGUCCUGUCAGUUCUUAUGGUCUGCAAGCCCUUGCGAAGGGUAGUGUCAAUCUCACUUCAUUGGAAUUGGUUGGUUCGAGUCCCAAGUUUUUUGGGUCUUUGGUGGAGUUUAAGUCUUUGAGAGAGUUAACACUGGUUCUGUUUGGAUGGGAUUCAGGGGAGGAGUUCGAUAGGGGGAUUUCAGAUGUUGAGCUACCAUUAGAAAAGCUAUGUUUGGCAGGUAUUCGAGGUGGUUAUACAGGUUUAGGGUGGAUUUGGAGGUGUUGCUCCAAAUUGAAGAAGUUGGAAUUGUUUAGCUGUGAAGGAAUUGGGGAUGGGGAUUUGAAUUUAUCAUCCUUUGUAAAAUGCCUUCCUUAUGUUGAAGAACUUUGCUUGAGAAGAUCUAGGACCAUUGCCAAUGGAGUUCUCUUGCGUGCUGCCGAAAACUGCAAAGCAUUGAGGAAACUAGUGUUUCAUGAUGGCGGGAGUACAGAAGGACUCCACCAUGUUGUCAUUCGGCAGUGCCGGAGUCUUGAGGUCUUGGAUUUGAGGUUACCUCUCGAUCUGAGCAAUGAGGACUUGGCUGUUAUAGCUAAUAAUUGCCAGUUGCUUAAAAGCCUUCGGUUGCAUAGCUGCUGCUUGCCAACUGGGGCCGGCUUGAAAUUGCUUGGAUUAAACAUGAGUUUGUGCCUUGAGGAAUUGGUCUUGGUCGGAUGUCAGGCUGUUGUGCGGGAGCCUGGUACUUUGGCAACAUUAGGUCAGCAUCUUAAAGGGCUCAAGAAAUUGGAUCUUUCUGAGAAUGACCAUUUGCCUGACAAAGAGUUGGGAGCCAUGCUUUCCUCUUGUAAAAGCUUGACGAGUUUAAGAUUGUUAAGAUGCAGAGGAUUGACAGACAUGGUUGUGGUCUUAAUUGUUAAAAGUUGUCAGGUGCUAGAGACUAUUGAUAUCAGGAGAUGUGAAGGUAUUACAGCUGAGGCUGUGUUUGGUUUGGUUUCAGGGUCUCCUAAAUUGAGGAGGCUCGCAGUGGAGGAGCACAAGAUAACAGAAGAAACUAAGAAAUUAGCCUCAAGGAAGAAGAUUGCCACCAUAAAAGCAGAAACAACAGAUUACAGGAUGGCUACAUGUGGAAUGAAUCGCUUUUCUAAUGAUUUGCAUAACUUGGAUGCAAAUGCGUCUCUUUUAUGAAGGCAACAUGUAUCUCAAGUGAUGAAAACUCAACAAUAUUUGGUUUCAUAGAGUAUGCUCUUGUAGAUUGCAAUGAGACUGGCUUUUCUCGCAAAACUGGCAGUAAUCACAAGUGCAAUAUGUAAUUAUAUUUGAGCAAUGGCAAUGCACUCUUCUCUGAAGUGAAGAAGCUGCCGAGUUCCAAAAUGUUUGCAUCUGCAAAGGGGACAGCAUUCUAAAAAUAAUAAAAUAGCUGUGACAUGAGAAGAUGCUUCAGAAAUAAGCUCAACUGAAUGAAAAUAUAUGUUUACGCACAUUUUAAUUUAUUAAUGAUUAUUCCAGUGUUCAUAUGAUAAUGAA